AUGUCCAUCUACCACUUUGGCGCCCUCAGAGAGUCACUCACCACCAGCGGUAGUGCUGAAUCGCCCGAGAAUACUUCAGCUAUGAUCAACAACAUGUCGAACGCCAUCAAAGAGCCACACAAGGACAUCGGAAAUGUCACGUAUCAUCUGGAAAAGACUGCUGAGAUCCUCGAGGACUUGACAGAGAAGGCCGAGGGGUUGACAGAUGAGGCCGAGGAGAUGACAGAAGUGGCCCAUGAGUUGAAUGAAAAGGCCUUUGAGUUGAAAGAAAAGGCCGAUGAGUUGUCUAAUCACUUGAAGGCCCUGAGGGAGAAUGGUUGCGACGAUGUGCAUGCACGCAUCGAAGGCCUAAUAACUCCAAGAAGGCGGGAUGCCGUUUUGUAG